AUGCCCUUCGGGUUAAAGAAUGCUCCUGCAACUUUCCAACGUUUAAUGGAUCUCGUUUUAACCGGUCUUCAAGGAAUCGAAUUAUUUGUAUAUUUGGACGACAUAGUCUUGUAUGCGAAUACCCUUGAAGAGCACGAAGAAAAAUUUACAAAAUUGGCAAAUAGAUUAAGAGAAGCAAAUUUAAAACUCCAGCCAGAUAAAUGUGAAUUUUUACGCCCAGAAGUAGUUUAUCUUGGACAUGUUAUUGAUAAAGAAGGAGUCAGACCCGAUACAAAAAAACUAGAAGCAUACCAAGAGGCAAAUCAAGAAAACAAAAUCCAGAAACAUACGAGAAUUAUGCAGAAGAAAAUAAAUACAUUACAGAAACUCUCCAGGCAGAAGAAUCAAAAGAACAAUCAAGAAAUAUAUAUUCAGAAAUUAAAAAGCGAGGUAGACCACGUAUGGCUAUGCUCAAUAAACAUAAGAAAAAUACCAGAAUCAAGCAAAGAUGACGAUAAGAAUUAUAAUUCAAGCACCAGCGUAUCAAAUGAAGAUGAAGAAGGACAAUAUCAAGAAGAAUAUCAAGCAGAAGAUGCAGAAGAAGGAUAUCGAGAAGAUAAUGAAGAUGAAGAAAAUGAUAAUGGAGAAAAUCUUGAAGAAGAUAGUUGCGACGAAGAAAACCAUAAUUUUAAAAAGCAAAAUAAAGAACUUCAAGAUGAUCUUGAAUAUCUAAAGGCAAUAGAUUCAGUAGAUAAUCGCCCACCCCCAGAACCACCCCCAAUUGAAAUCCCAGUAUUCACCACAUUUAUUUCAAACAAAAAUAUUGUAGAAUGUCGUGACAAAAUGUGUAUGAGGAAAGAUAAUUACGUAUAUUUUACAACCACUGAAGGAGAACCUCGCGACUUUGGGUCCAGCAUUCUCGAAAAACGCCAACAAUUACCAAAAUUUACUAAAUUUCAAAAAGGACUCGCGAAAGAAAUUCUAAAAGUUCGCGUAAAAGCGAAAAGUCCGAUGGUUAUUACUGAUACACCCGGUACAGCGUUUGAAAAAAUUGCUAUGGACAUAGUUGGUCCACUUCCUAAAACAACAUCUGGCAAUAUAAACAUUUUGACCAUCCAGGAUAAUUUUACAAAAUAUUUAUUAGCUAUAGCCCUUCCAAACCAAAAAGCCAGUACUAUAUUGGACGCAUUUAUUAAAAGAUUUAUUUGCAUUUAUGGUUCGCCAAAAGGAGUAUUAACAGACCAAGGAAAAAACUUUUUGAGUAAUUUGUUAAGAAGAUUAGCAAAACGAUUCCGAAAGAGACAAUUUAAAACAUCUGAUUUUCACCCACAAUCAAACGGAUCGCUUGAAAGAUCUCAUCACUCACUAUCAGAAUACCUUAAACAAUUCGUGAAUAAAAAUUCCGAAUGGGAUGAGUGGUUAGAACUAGCAACAUUUUCUUAUAACACAAGCGUACAUGAAGGUACAAAAUGUACUCCAUAUGAACUAGUCUUUGGAAAAAUAUCUCGACAACCAUCAAGUGAACCACCGCCACCACAUGAAAAACUUGAAACUUACGAUGACUACACAAUCAAAUUAGUAACAAGACUACAUGAAAUGCGAGCUGUAGCAAGAUGA